UCUGGAUAAAGUGACUGAUUUAUAUUGCAAUAUGUCAAACGCAUCCCUCCGGGCCAUCAUGCGGACUUUCGUUAUGAACCGGAGAUUUUAUAUCGCUGAAUAUAUUAACCAACAAUCCAGUUCGCAGAGUGCUCAGGACGCAAAUGGCGGCAAAGCGACGGCUCCUGCAGCCGAAAUGGAAAGAAGUUUGGCGCCUGGUUUGACCGAGACAAACGAGAGCAGUCCGGAUUCUGAAGAAUCAGUGAUUCCGCCGCCAUCUUCCUCUAUAACCGGAAUUGAAAAUUGUACGAGGAAUCAAAGGUUUCGUGAAAUCAAUCACGGAAAACAGUAACUAAAAUACUUACCAAGGAAACAGUUUACCAAGGAAACACAAAUACGAAAUCGAGACAAUGAUCAAAAACGACAAGCUGAAUGUGAUAUGUUCGAGGUUUCCCGAAUAUUUCCGGAGCCCAAACUCAACGAUUCCUGUGGAGAAUCUGGAUAAAGUGACUGAUUUAUAUUGCAAUAUGUCAAACGCAUCCCUCCGGGCCAUCAUGCGGACUUUCGUUAUGAACCGGAGAUUUUAUAUCGCUGAAUAUAUUAACCAACAAUCCAGUUCGCAGAGUGCUCAGGACGCAAAUGGCGGCAAAGCGACGGCUCCUGCAGCCGAAAUGGAAAGAAGUUUGGCGCCUGGUUUGACCGAGACAAACGAGAGCAGUCCGGAUUCUGAAGAAUCAGUAAUUUCGCUGUCUAGAUCGGAGGAGACAAACGAGAGCAGUCCGGAUUCUGAAGAAUCAGUGAUUCCGCCGCCAUCUUCCUCUAUAACCGGAAUUGAAAAUUGUACGAGGAAUCAAAGGUUUCGUGAAAUCAAUCACGGAAAACAGUAACUAAAAUACUUACCAAGGAAACAGUUUACCAAGGAAACACAAAUACGAAAUCGAGACAAUGAUCAAAAACGACAAGCUGAAUGUGAUAUGUUCGAGGUUUCCCGAAUAUUUCCGGAGCCCAAACUCAACGAUUCCUGUGGAGAAUCUGGAUAAAGUGACUGAUUUAUAUUGCAAUAUGUCAAACGCAUCCCUCCGGGCCAUCAUGCGGACUUUCGUUAUGAACCGGAGAUUUUAUAUCGCUGAAUAUAUUAACCAACAAUCCAGUUCGCAGAGUGCUCAGGACGCAAAUGGCGGCAAAGCGACGGCUCCUGCAGCCGAAAUGGAAAGAAGUUUGGCGCCUGGUUUGACCGAGACAAACGAGAGCAGUCCGGAUUCUGAAGAAUCAGUGAUUCCGCCGCCAUCUUCCUCUAUAACCGGAAUUGAAAAUUGUACGAGGAAUCAAAGGUUUCGUGAAAUCAAUCACGGAAAACAGUAACUAAAAUACUUACCAAGGAAACAGUUUACCAAGGAAACACAAAUACGAAAUCGAGACAAUGAUCAAAAACGACAAGCUGAAUGUGAUAUGUUCGAGGUUUCCCGAAUAUUUCCGGAGCCCAAACUCAACGAUUCCUGUGGAGAAUCUGGAUAAAGUGACUGAUUUAUAUUGCAAUAUGUCAAACGCAUCCCUCCGGGCCAUCAUGCGGACUUUCGUUAUGAACCGGAGAUUUUAUAUCGCUGAAUAUAUUAACCAACAAUCCAGUUCGCAGAGUGCUCAGGACGCAAAUGGCGGCAAAGCGACGGCUCCUGCAGCCGAAAUGGAAAGAAGUUUGGCGCCUGGUUUGACCGAGACAAACGAGAGCAGUCCGGAUUCUGAAGAAUCAGUAAUUUCGCUGUCUAGAUCGGAGGAGACAAACGAGAGCAGUCCGGAUUCUGAAGAAUCAGUGAUUCCGCCGCCAUCUUCCUCUAUAACCGGAAUUGAAAAUUGUACGAGGAAUCAAAGGUUUCGUGAAAUCAAUCACGCGAAACCGAAGGGUGGAAAAGAUGUUUUCCAAGAAAAUUACAUGCUGCUGCAUUUAACCCAAAAUACACUGAACUCCUCAAGGCUAUCAAUGCUGACGAACGGUGUUAUGCAGCCAUUUGUGAAGCGGGACGAUUUGAAAAGCCCCAAAAAGUCAGUCUGGAACUGAUAAAGCCGAUUG